AAGAUGGUGGAGCAGAGAGAGAUCCGCGUGGUUCGCUCCGGCGGCAGUAAAAUCAGCUUCAGGUCGCCGAUCAUCACCACCGACUCCAGGUCAGGGUUCCUGCUGUGCGCCUCUGGAGACUCGGUGAAAGUUUUUAGCACCAGUACAGAGGAGUGUGUUCAUGUCCUGGAGGGUCACGCAGACCAGAUCAGUGGAGUUGCCUUAAACCCGGCCAACCACCUUCAGGUCUUCUCAUGUUCACUAGAUGGCACUGUGCGCCUGUGGGACUUCACUGAUGGAAUCCUCAUCAAGACAUUUGUGAUUAGAUAUCCAAUAUACUCCAUAUAUGUCUCGGAGAAACAUGCCGGAGUCAUUUUCAUCAUUCUUCCCAUGGCCUGUGAGAAAAGAACUGAAUGUUUCCAGUUGGUGGCUGUACAUCUGCCCAAGACUCUGGAGCAGGAAGUGGAGGUGACGGAGCUGUCUGCGGUUUUUUGUGAUAUUUCUCCUAAUCCCAGUUCUACAGCUUUCGGCCGUGAGGGUGAAUAUUUAGCCUCAGUUAGGGGUCUGCAGCUGCAUGUAUUUUUCUUCAGGAAGCAGAAAACAUUCAGAUUCUCUCUGAAGCCUACGGAUAAGAAAGGUGCCAGAAAUGCUUUCACCUGUGUGGCCUGUCACCCGAAAGACGACUGCAUCGCUACUGGACACGAAGACGGCAAAAUCCGCCUCUGGAGAAACUUCAAUCAGAAGAAAGAGUACACAUAUUCCACUCAACACUGGCACCAUGACACCGUUAACACCCUGUGUUUCACUCCGGAGGGUAUGCACCUACUGAGUGGAGGGGUGGAGUCUGUGCUCAUCCAGUGGCAUUGUUCCGAGGUCAAUAAGAAGGAUUUUCUUCCUCGUCUGGGUGGAGCCAUUGCUCACAUCUCCGUUUCUGCAGAUGGCCAGACAUACAGCACGAGUCACUUGGACAACAAGAUCACGAUCAUCCACUGCAGCUUCAAAGUAUCGGCAUUGAUUCAAGGCCUAGUCCAUGGAGAUGCCAUUCGCACAGAUCUGAUGAUUGACCCGCGCAGUAAAGCGCUGGUGCUGAAUGGAAAACCCGGCCAUCUUCAGUUUUACUCCCUACAGCGUGACAAGCAGCUUUAUAGUCUUGAUAUAGUGCAGCAGGAGUAUAUCUACGAGGCAGGUUUGGACCAAUUUGACGUGGUGAAGGCAGCGUUUGAUGUCCGUGGCUCGUGGUUGGCGACAGUAGAGGAGAGAGGCAGCAAAGACUCCAAUCUGGAGUUUUUUCUGAAACUCUGGGGCUAUGAUGAGUCGGCACAAAGCUUUGAACUGAACACCACCAUAACAGCUGCCCACAGUGAUGGGAUUACAGCCAUGUGCUUUAGUCCUGCCACAGAGACCACCAUGCUGGUGACCACUGCCAAAGAUGGCCAGUUUAAAGUCUGGCUGCUCAGUUCAGACUUGGACACACAGAAGGAAAGGUUUUCCUGGUCAUGUGACUUUGUGGGCAGCUACCACAGCCUGCGACCAACCAACUGCUGUUUCUCGGCUGAUGGCUCUCUGCUGGCCGUGAGCUUUGGGGAGGUGGUGACGGUGUGGACUGUGGACACCUGGGGGCUUUUGACCACAAUGUGCCAGCCGCCGGGGGCCAUCAGGGAUCUCUGCUUUGGGCGUCUGAGCUGCUCCAAAUACCUGCUUGGCACCACCACUAAAAAUCUGCUGUGCUGCUGGAACCUCCUCACCUGCUCACUGGAAUGGAGCACAUCGAUGGAUGUCUGUAUGCUGCGGUCAGACCCUCUGUCUGAAAACAUAGCUGCAUUUUGUCACCACUCUGGAAACACAGACUUGUUUGUUUUCAAACCCAGCGAGCCGAGGCCCCUGUUUACCCAGAAGGCCAUAUGCUCGGGAAAAGUUCAGCGCUCUGUGUUCACGCCAAGAGAUGAGCCACUGGAUAGCUGUGACGAGAGGACACAAUGGCUCAACAGAUCUCGCCUCUACUUCCUCACCGAGAACAUGGACUUACUGACCUUCAGCACCAGAACAGAGGACGAGCGAAUACUGAACUCGAGGAGACAGCUGCUGGUUGAUGACAGUGUGGCAGUUACGCCAUUUUACCUGCUGCUGGGGAAACACAACCCGGAACAGGAGACGAAAGACUCUGCUUCCAGUCAGGCCUCUGACAGAGUGCAGCUUCCUCAGGGAUCAACCGCCGUUAAAGAGUUGCUGCACACUCCAGCUCAUGUGCUUCCUGCAGCCUCUGUUCUGUGCUCAAUGUUCGUCAAAUCUCUGCUCAUCUCCAACGAGAGCAGAAAAGAGAAGGAGCCCCUCGAACAGGUAGUCGAAAGUGAGGAGGAGGAAGAUGAUUCAGAGGAGGAAAUGGAAACAAGCAAACAUCAACAGGAAAUUCGAUCUCUGGGCUCUGUCCUGGAGCCGUCUAGUCAGCUCUCCAAAGAAGAGGAAAGGAAACUGAGGAGUGUGAGAAGAAUGGACUUUAGCUGGGUUUCGAGCUAUGUCAACUCUUAGCUGAACACGUGCGCGCACACACAUCAAUCUACUAUAGUUCUAAUGAUAAUAAUUAAAAACGUUGCACAGAUAUUGUUUGGCAUAUCUAAAAUAUUUGUGCCACUGAUUUGAAUUCUGUAAAUAGGUUUUAUUUUGAAAUUAUGAAUCUAGUUUAACUUUAGACAGACAGUACUGAUGAUACCAUCCCAUCUCGUGGUUCUCUCCAGAGCUCGCUUUCUGUCUGUAUGAAGUUUUACAUGUUCUCCAUGUUCAUCUCCAGGUUCUCCAGUUUCCUCCCAUAAAUCCUGAAUUCACCUUGAAAUCAAAUUUUAAAACUAAUCAGAUGUACAAAAUUUGCUGCCGCAACAGUUGAAAUUCGCUUGGUGCUGUUUGAGCCAGUCAUCAUACAAGUAAUGUAAUGCACUCAAUUUGAAAUGCAUCAUGCCAACAUAAAUUUGAAUUUUGUCCCUGUAAUUAUUUUUAAAUUUACUUUAUUGAUAUUUGCCAAUUCAAAAACUAUGCACAAUUUUAAAAUAAAGCAUAAUCAGAUUAAGAUUUUAAAAUAUAAAUCCAAAAGGCACAAAGAUCAUCUGUAAAUUAUGGCAGUAACAUGUUGUACAUGUGCUUACCAUGAACUCUGAGAGCAAAUGUGGAUUUGAGGCUGGGUGAAAUCUGCAGCUGUUUUAUUGGCUGUUCUGGAGCCAGUUUUAUCCGUUUAACUAUUACCUUAAAAAUAUAAAGGAACAAAGGGGUGCAUUGUACAAAAUGUGGUCUAUAUUCAUUAUGUGAAUUGCAUCAAUGUUUUUGCUAAGAAGCUAAGAUUUUGAAGUUGUACCUCUCUCUGUCUCUUGUGUUUUCAGAAUUAGCCAUGUUUGAAACAAACACAUUUGUAUUGACUGUAAUUUAUGAAGUUUUUUUUUUUUUUUUUUUUGGGACCAAAAAUGUUUGCUUGGUUCUUUCUAAAUCCAGUCGUGUUUUCGACUUAUUGUUUGGAGUAAAGCAAAAAAAAAAAGAAGUGGUGGUGCAACAUUUUUCACCAUUUCACUUUCUUAGCUGAGGUGACUGAGUUUAAGGUCCUUGGACCAAAAACAAAAAAAGAGAAAAGCUGAGUCACUUCUCUAUCUUGCGUGAUCAUGCAACUUUUUAUGUGAGUGAUGGAAUUAUGGCUCCUUUCAGUGAGUCAUAUAAUUUGACCCAGCUUGCUGAUAAGAAUCAACUUUUUUUUUUAGAUCCUUGCUUUUUAAAAAAUAUAUAUAUAUAAACAGGCAAAAAGCUUACAACAGUAUGACUUUUGACUGAUGAUGUUUCUUUAAAUGUGUGAUAUUUUGUCAUUAAAUUGUUAACCGGUUGUUCGAGUACAAAAUAA